UCAUUUGUCAAAGUAUUUUGUUUGAUCUUUCGAUUUAAGCAAGCAGGAGGGUAUUCUAUUAGCUGUGUCUAUUAGUAUUGCAUUGGAUUGAGGAGGAUCAUCUUGUUAUCACAGGCAUCCAACCAUUCUGCUACAGUUCUAUAGAUUGAAGAGAUGGCUCCUGCUUACAAACUAACAUACUUCCCGGUUGAAGCCCUCGCCGAACCGAUCCGUUUCCUCUUCAGCUAUGGUGGCAUCGAAUUUGAAGAUUUCCGUUUUGAUCGCGAAAAUUGGCCACAGAUGAAGCCGAAUAUGCCAUUUGGGCAAGUACCCGUUUUGGAACACAACGGAAAAGUUGCCCACCAAAGCAUCGCCAUGGCCAGAUAUGCUGCCAAAAAGGCAAAACUAGUUGGUAACGACGAAUGGGAAGACUUGGAAAUUGAUGCUAUUGUUGAUACUGUAAACGAUUUGCGUCAAAAAAUCGCCUUAUACCAUUAUGAAGCUGAUGCAGCUGUUAAGGAAUCUCGCAAGGAGCCACUUUUCAAAGAGACUUUGCCAUACUAUUUGCAACGUUUAGAUGCUGUGGUUAAAGCCAAUAAUGGACAUUUGGCACUGGGAAAGCUAACCUGGGCAGAUUUGUAUUUUGUUGCCAUUUUGAAAUAUUUGAAUUCCAUGUGUGGUGGUAACGAUAUACUUGCGGACUACCCGAAUCUUACUGCCUUGAAGAAUACUGUGCUUGAGCUUCCAGCUAUUAAAACUUGGGUAGAGAAACGUCCUAACACUGACAUGUAAGACAUGUAAAGUUAAUAUUAUUUCACAAAUGAAAGAAUUGGGAGACUAUAUUUUGUAAUUAAUGUUCAUGUAAUAAAAGCAUUGAUAAAGUUA